CUGCAACUUACACAGCACGCAACCUUCUCUCUCCCUGACAAUCUCUCUCUCCCGCUCUCUCUCUACGACGCUUCCUCCAAGUCCCAAGUAGAUUUUCGUGAGUAUGGCAAAACAGAGUGCAUGGAUGUGCUUCGCAUUAAUUUUCAUCUCGGCUAUUCUGGCUUCCCAAGCGGUGGCGUUCACUGAUGGGCGUGAUGUCACGGCUCUUGAAGAUUUUUACGAGGCUCUUAAUGGCCCUCUGCAGCUGAAGGGAUGGAGAUUGGAUGGUGGGGAUCCUUGUGGUGAAUCAUGGGUUGGACUGUCAUGUUCCGGGUCAUCUGUAAUACACCUUAAACUUCAGGGGCUGAACCUCUCCGGGUAUCUUAGUGCCCAGCUCUAUAAUAUGUUCAACCUGAAGACACUGGAUGUUAGUUCCAAUAGCAUAGUGGGUGAAAUUCCAUAUGUCUUACCCCCAAAUGCCACUCAUAUGAAUCUAAGCCACAAUUUGUUAUCUGGACCUGUUGGCAAUGCAUUCACCGGCCUGCAGAAUUUAAGAGAACUGGAUUUGUCAUACAAUAACUUGACGGGAAGCCUCACAAGUUCAUUUGGAUCCUUGACAAACCUCACUGGAUUGUUCCUGCAGAAUAACAACUUUACUGGAUCAGUUGAUUAUCUAGCUGCGCUACUUCCACUGACAGAUUUGAAGAUCCAAGACAAUGACAACUAUUUUGAUCUGGUUUUCCCGGGCGUUGUCUCCUUGUCCACUGUUUUACAGAAGGAAGAAAAGAGAAAGAUCAUGUAUCUCCUAUUUGUGUUUCUAGCCGUUGGGGUCGGUAUAGUGUUAGCUAGCAACAUCCCGAAAAAUGGGAAGCUUCCAGAUUCAGACAAAGAACUAGCUGAGAAGUUUGAAUUUGGUGGAUACUUGAAGGAGGUGGACGGCCAGACAGUGGAGGGAAGAACUAAAAGAGAGUUGGCUAGGAACGUGAAUAAGGUGGAGAGGAGGAAGAAACCCCCCUCACCACCGAAGAAACAAAUCCAACUUAUUUGUCAACAACCUGACGAAGACUUCGGGGAUCACGAUGCCGAGGUCUAGCAUGCAAUAACACCGUUUCAGGUCGGGAUAAAGCGGGGAUUGACUUGGCAUUGGUUUCAUAGAACAGAUGUAUGGUACAGUGGUAUACUGGUUUCAAACUUCGCUUAUGCUUUAUUGGUUUAUUCUAUGGUUUUUGUGAGUUUCUGGGCGUCUUUUAUUUUCC